AUGGCGUCCGGCUGCGGGGGGACAGGGAGAACUCCUUCCUCCCGGCCGCCACGGAAGCCCCAGCUGCUCCCGCCCGGUCCUCUCAUCAGCCGCUUCCUCGGACCCCGACUGGCCCCGUCCACAAACGUCCUCCUCCUGGCCUGGACUGCACUGCGCUCGGGAAAUACAGCCCCCUCUGCCCCGCAGGCCCCGGCCUCCCUGAGGACUACCCUCGGUGCCCUCACGGUCCCUCUCGCCUGCUUCGGAGGGUCCCCCGCCCCGGAUCUCCCCAACCUGCGCGGACCCAACUCUCCUUCAGGGGACCAGAAGCCGCGAGCCCGCUCCUGCCACCCGCCAAGGCGUAAAGCGAUCCCCCAGUCCACGCAGCGCUCAGGAAAACGCGAUCUCCAAGACUUCAACUCUCUGACUCUGCACUCCCCCCACACCUCCGCUUCACCCCGUCGCUCUCCCGGCCGGGCGUCCCUUACCUGUGUCCCCCACUUUCCCGGACUUCUUUCCAAACCCCCGGCGGCGGCGAAGAGACCGGAACCCUUAGAGCAGCGGCGACACCUCCGAGAGCCCCGGUCCCGCCGCGGGGUGACCUUGGCCUCCCACGUCCCUGCGUCCUCCGCCCCCCGUCAGCUGGCCCCAGGCUGGGCUGCUCCAGGUCGGCUGGGGGGCGUCUCCAUGGCGACGGCCUGGCGCCCCCUUCGCGCCUGCCCACACGCAGUCCCUUCCUGGCUGCUCGCUCCUGGCCAGGGCGCCCGGACCUGCGUCCCGCGGCCUGGGACGGCCCCUUCCCCUCUCUCCGGCCGGCGGACUUUCCUGCCUCUGCCUCCCCGGGGGUGAGCUGGGGACCCCGGCGUGGGCGUCCUCCCCCUUCCGCGGCGGGGGCUGCUCCUCGCAGACUCGGGGAGCUCCGCGCUGGGCAGUUGGGGGCACUCUGCCCGGCUUCGGGGACUCCUCCCCGAGCCCUGGGCCCACGGCUGCGCGGGGGGAAGCACGGGCCCCACUUCCAGAGCCUCCCAGAAGCGGAGGGGUCGGCACCCUCUCCCGAGCGGCCAGGCCCGUCUCCAGGGUCGGGGGGCCGCAGAGCCCCAAUUCCACAUCCGCCCACCUCCGAUUACUGGAAGCUCCCUCACCUCUGGCGGCGACGGGUCAACUCUCCGACGGGCUGCGGAGGGACGUCCAGCCUCCCUGCCGGCGCCCCCGAGAAGCCCCAGGGCUCCCGGUUCUCGCCGCUGCCCCUCCCCCAGCAGUGAGGGACCCAGGCGUCCGACCUGCCUGGGGGUGGAGGUGAGGAGGCGUCUGAGAAGUGGGGGUGCGGGAGCGCAGGGGCAGCCGGGGGCAGCUCUGGGCUCGGCCCCCCAGGGAGCGAGGGUCCGGAUUAAAAAAAAAAAAAGGUGAGGAGA